GCGCGCGCGCUGUCCUGUACCGGAGCAGCGGAGCAGCGGAGCGACGGUUGGACCUUUAACUCUCUAACGGGUCGUUUUAACGGUCGUCCGCACGAUGUGAAGUUUUAACGGAGGUUUGUAUCUCCCCGACGGACCCAGCGGAGCGCCAUGAACCGGGAGAACCGGGACAACCGGAGCGAGAAACUGCGAUAAUCCCGCUGUGAUUCUCCCACCGACGGGGGCCGUUAGUGCGGCUGUUUGAUCCGUUACUGCCCGGAGACAUGGACUCUGUUUUAUCUGCUUUAAUGUCCAAUAAAAGUCUGAAUUACCGACCGGAGUAAGUGCAGCUGUUAACCGGAGGUUGUGUAUGGAGGACCCCCAGCGCCACUGUCCAUAAACCCACAACCACAACCAUGUAUGCGGGACGCAAACGGAGAAAACCGGCGCACAAGGGAGUCAAACCGACCCCAGCCGAAGGCGCCAAGUCCAACCCGUCCAAACGCCACCGCGACCGUCUGAACUCGGAGCUGGACCGGCUCGCCAGCCUGCUGCCCUUCCCUGAAGACGUCAUCUCCAGCCUGGACAAACUGUCCAUCCUGCGGCUCAGCGUCAGCUUCCUCCGCACCAAGAGCUUCUUCUCCGUGGCACUGAAAAAGCUUCAACUGUCCAAUGGCAGGAAAAAGAGCAGCGCUCACAGUGAUGACAGCAAAACGUCAGGAUCUGUGGAUGGACACAUACCUGAGGGGGAGCUACUGCUGCAGGCCCUGAACGGCUUCAUCCUGGUGGUGACUGCUGAGGGAAUCAUCUUCUUCUGCUCUCACACCAUCCAGGAAUACCUCGGCUUCCAUCAGACCGACGUGAUGCACCAGAGUGUGUUUGAGCUGAUCCACACUGAAGACCAGCAGGAGUUCAGGAGCAACCUGCACUGGGCCCUCAACCCCCCUGCUGGCCUCGGACCCCCCACGGAUCCCUCAACAGAUGGAGACUCGGUGUCGACCUCCUCCUGCCCGGUGAGCUACAACCCAGACCAGCUUCCGCCUGAAAACUCCUCCUUCCUCGAGAGAGGCUUUGUCUGCCGCUUCCGCUGUUUGUUGGACAACUCCUCCGGCUUCCUGGCGCUCAAUAUCCAGGGUCGACUCAAGUUCCUCCACGGUCAGAGCCAGAAGCAGUGCGACGGCGAGACGAGUACCCCGCCUCAGCUCGCCCUGUUUGCCAUCGCCACACCCCUCCAGCCUCCCGCCAUCCUGGAAAUCAGGACGAGGAACAUGAUCUUCAGGACCAAACACAAACUGGACUUCACACCCAUGGCGUGUGACGCAAAGGGUAAAAUUGUUCUGGGUUACACCGAGGCAGAGCUGAGAGUUCGAGGUUCGGGUUACCAGUUCAUCCACGCUGCCGACAUGCUGUACUGCGCCGAGAAUCACGUCCGAAUGAUAAAGACGGGCGAGAGCGGCCUCACCGUCUUCAGGCUGCUCACCAAGGACAACCGGUGGAAGUGGGUCCAGGCCAACGCCAGGCUCGUUUACAAGAAUGGGAAGCCAGACUAUAUCAUCGCCACCCAGAGGCCCCUGGUGGACGAGGAAGGAGGGGAACACCUGAGGAAGAGAUCAAUGCACCUGCCCUUCACCUUCGCCACCGGAGAGGCGAUGCUCUACCAGACCAGUUAUCCACUGCAUGGCUUCCCUGAUUCCUUCCAGGGCAAAGCCAAAGGUAGCAAGUCCAAGAAGGGCAAACUGGACAAGAGCUCUUCAGAUGACCUGGACCCAAAGUCCCUGCUGGGGGCGCUGAUGAGCCAGGAUGAAUCCGUGUAUGUCUGCCAGCCGGACACGGAGCCCAAGAUGUCGUACCACAGCAGCCUUUAUAGCGAGCAGCAAGGUGACAGCAGUUCCGGUGGCUUGUUAAGUGGCGACAGCUGGCACAUCGUAUCGAACGGGGAGACGGGGACAUGCAACAGCAAAUCCUCUAGUUAUGACCCACUGCUGGCCACUUUGGACUCUCUGUCCCUGGAUGGAGAAGAAACGUGCUCUAAUAGUGAGCUCUUUAGCGCCCUGGAGAACCUUGGUCUAAAUGCUGAAGACCUGGAACUGCUGCUGCUGGAUGAGCGGAUGAUCCAGGUAGAGCUGGACCCCAACCACAUCCCAACACUUGGUGACCUCCUCACAAACAACGAAAUCCUCUCCUACAUCCAGGAUUCACUGCAGAGUGGGACCGAUGGGGAGGAACAAGGAGACAGUGGUGGAUUUGAAGCUUCCACUUGUCCACCAAACCCAGACUCAGCCCAAAGCGUCCCCCAGCAGCCACAGGCGUGCCUCACAUCUGCUGUCCCACCAGCACUUCCCAGCAGCAGGCAGCCCAUCAUCCAGCUGUCGCAACAGAUGCAGCAACACAUCAGCGCAGGCGAGCUGGUGAAAGCUCAACCGGGGCAGAUCCAGCCUGUCUCCCAGCCUGGAACAGUCGACACCAAGAUUUCAACUGGGAUUCCCAACGGUCACUGGGUGCUAACCACAGAGAACCACUGUCACCCCAACAACCACGCCCAUCAUGAUCCCCCACAUACUGUACUCAAAGCCCCGCAGAUGAACGGCGAACCUCUGAACUCACUUCUGGAAUCGAGUCACCAGUGGCAGCUUCAGCAGGACCAGCACUCGGUCCACCUCCGGUCCCACCAGCAGGGAAGCAGCCAGAGCGCUUUGCCGCCUGGCUUCCAGAAUCAGCUCGGACUGACAGCUAACGGAUCUUACAUCUCAAACGGACACACAGCCUUUCCACCGAACGUGGAGGUCGGCCACACGGGUUACAGCAUCUCCAGCAGGGCACAUCCAGGUGGCGCCGUGCUGAACGGCGUGAGCACACCAGGCGUUUGUCACUACCAGAACUUGGUGUCCACCGCGCGGCCCUACCAGCUGCAGGGUGACCAGAAACACCAGCAGCAGCAGAUGUUGCAGCAGACUCAGGUUUUGCCCCAGUGUCCCACCCAGAGCUCUGCACUGGAGUUAGAGCAUUUAUUGGGUCUGUCCCAGCCACAGCACAGCAUGCAGUCAUCAGAGACCUACAGCGUGUUCAACGCAGCCACACAGGGCUCCACUCACAGCAAGUUGGAGAACGGACGCCUCCUCAGCGCCACCAACGCGGCGGCGUACAUCAGAACGUGUCUGAUGCCCAACGGAAAUGGAGUGGCGACAGGCGAAAUCCCCGUCUCCUGCCCAGACGAACUCCCCGUCCUGCAGGACCCCCAGAAAUCUGGAUUCUUCCUCUGAAAGGAUGAUAGCAGAGUAUAAGAGGAGGCUGGAAGAGAGAAGGUACAGAAGGAACAGAAGAAAGAAAGAAACUAUUCGAUACGCCCACAUUAUUUUUAAACUCUCUUUUCCAGAAAGGACUUCAGGUUCUCUUUGUUUCGACAUCACACCAACGAGAGGAAGAAGUUCCUUCAUCUGGAACACUGCGUAUUAUAAUAUUGCUCGUUGUGCACUCACUGAAAUGUUCAUUUUUCUGUUUGGAUCAAUUUACGGGCGUUUCCGCUCCCGAGUCCAAAUUCCUCACUAUCUGAUCUGUAUAUACACGGUUAAAGUCCUGAAGACGCUGAGCAGCGCCGGUUGCUUUGGUGCGGUCCAAAGGAUCUGUUUAUGUGUGUAGUCCAGUGCUGACACUGAAAUAACUUAAAUUCCAGCUCAGACAAUCAGUAUGUUCAUGUUUUAAAGGUCGUAGCGCCGUGUAAUAGGACAGAGUCAGCACUGGACUAUUCAGUGGAUCCUUCUCAUUACUCAGCGUUUCUAAAGCAGACUGUACGUUUCCUGCUCUGCAAGUAGCUGUUGGUUAUAAGCUUGUUUACGUCUGAAACAAUAUUCAGUGUAUUUAAAUGUCAGAUUAUCGUCAGUGAACCAACCAAUGGCUGCCAGGAAAGUAUGGAACUACCUUUAAAGACUCUGUAUGCUUUAGAAACUGGUCAGCAGUUAUGAGAAGAUAAAUGUGUUGCAGUUAAUGAAGAGUUUUAACUUUCUAGCAAGAUAAAUGUUUGGUGGAUUCAAGGACGAGCUGCUUUCAUUGGUGAACUCACCACUCCACACGUCUGCUAGCAGUCUGCUUGUUGUUGUUCCUAACGCGGGAAUGUCGAUGCUUUGUGUUUGUGUGUGAAGAACCGAGGGAACGUUGAUACAAACAGCCGUGAGAUUUGGACUGAACGCACCAACAGAUUCUUUAAACGUCAGUGUUUGUUUGUCGGCUGUGUGUAGAAGACCUGUCGGGGUUUAGUAGAUGUCGUUGGUGCUUUAUACGUCAACUAAACAGCAUUUCAUUCUUAUAGUUAAUAUUGUUGAGAUGAGAUUCAAACGGAUGGUAAAAGGUUCAAAUCAGAAGGAAAGAGUUAUUAUUUGUUGCCGCUGCCGCAGAGAAGGAAGCGUCGUUGGUCCUCAUGCUGCAUUUUAGCCUCUUUGAGGUUUACAAUGAUGAUGUGCACUUAACAUGUAUGACAGACAUAAUCAGAAAGGGUCUGAUGUGUCUGUCAGUGGCACUGAAAUCAAACAUAAAAAAGCAUUUUUGUUUCCUGACCGGAGACAGUGUGAAAAUGUCCCAUUAAUGCCUUGUCUCGGCGGCCUCGGCCAGUCGGACUCCCUCUUACUUUAUCCUGCAGUCGUGCCGUGUGGGGGAACACUGAGUGCACUUACAUUCACACAGUUACCCAUUAAGGACCUAAUUGUAAAUAAUAGAUUACAACUGAAGGCCGAAGAGGAAGCGCAUGUAAGUAUUUCUCAAGUUUUGUUUCCCUGUGAUCACAAAGAAGUGAUGUGUGGAAACCUGUCUAAGGUAAAGCCACAGUGGGAACUUCCCAGUUGCUCCGUGAUCAGUCGUUUUAUUUACAGACUCAAACCAAACCAUGCUAGCUCGGCACAAGCUGUGAGUCCCAACAGUUCGUCCUUCCAGGAGACAUUCAGCUUCCAUUAAAUCAUAGUUUACCGCCUUCUAUCGUAGCAUCAGAAUAGACACUGUGACAGACGAUGCUGUACACGCUGCUCCACUAUUUACAGUCUGUGUCUACUCCCCAGACUUCCUCCUGAUCUCCACUAAAAACAAUCCCAACCUGCUGAUGGUGCGUUCAUGUCAUCUCAGAUUAACCGUAAAGAACAGAUGCAGCUUCUUACUGGAAAUGAUUGUGUAAUUAACUUAAUUAAUAAUGAUCUUAUAGAAUAUGAACCAUUGCUGUAGAUUAAACAUACAUCAGAUAUUAAUAGUCAAACACUGACAGGGAACAUUUUACUUUAUUAUUUAUUUAGCUUCCAUGUUGGGUGUCAUUAGUUUCAUAAAAAUCUAUAUUAUCAGUUUAUUUACUUUUAUAAAAAGUUGUGCUGUCACUGUUUUUGUCUGAUUUUAACCUCUUUACUAUAUAAACAAGCUCAGUUCUGAUAUGACAUGAACGCAGUGUUACUCACAUUUAAAAGACAGAGAGGACGCCGGAGGGUGGACGACAGAUUGGACAGAAGUUAGCAUUUAGCACCGACUCAAAAACCAAAUGAGAAACAUGUGAACACACGUGUGUCUGCAGUUGCUCCGUCGUUGAAUGUCUUGUGUAAACAGUAAAGGCGUUUGAAACACGAAGCUUUUAUUUCACUACAAAAAGGUGCUUAAAAGUGAUGAGUCAGCAUUGGUAGCGUUAGCUGAUGACAAACGUCACGACGACGAAAUGCAUUUACAUUGUUUUGUUUUUGCUAUUUUUUUUGUAAACUGACUUUUCUUAUAAAACAGAUUAUUUAAACCAGUUAUGAGAUCAAAUGCUGUAUGAAAGAUAACAAUUAUAUAAAUCAUUUUCCAAGGCGCUUUAAAAAAAAAAGGUUGUAUGUGUAUAUAACUGUGUUUUUUAAUGGUUUUGUUGCAAGCACUACUUUAAAUCACUCUUCUUACAAACUCUUUCUCCUGCACUGAAAGUAGUCUUGUAGAAAAAAAGCAUUUUAUGACUCCAUGUUGUAUGAAUAUUGUGUGUUUUCUCUCUAUGUCAUGUUUGAAGACGCCUGUUUACACCUGGCAUUAGGAUCAGAUCUCUAAACGCUGUUACCCUACCGCUGAGCGUCUGUCACUGAGCGGCUCUCAUCCUUCAGAGGCAGAACAUUCAGUUCACAAACAAACAGCCGGCGAUAUUCGUCCAAUCGCCCAACCUUAGUGUGCAUCUGUGGUCAGACCACCCCAGGAAGUGGUUUGAGGGAUCGGCUCUCAGUGCGUCUCGGUGGUCGUUCACACUGUAUUUAGACACAUUUUAAUACCCGGUGUAAACAGGCUCGUAAGCUCAAAACAAAAUGGUGCCAUAAGGGUAAGUCAGGCCACUCCCUCGUUCAGUAAAUAAAGAGAUAUAACACUUUACAUCAACAUCUAAAAUCUUUUCCUGACCUUUUAGUAUCUUAAAAUCCACUUUGUCCACCAGAAAACAUUUAAAAGUGAUUGUUAAUCGUUUCAUAUUUUUCAAACUCAACGUUGGAACCAAACUCUCCGUAAGCUGUUUCGUCGUGGUUCUUUUAUUUCUUUUCUUUUUUUAAUGCCACAGACUUUAUUUUGCUACUUUUAUCACUGAAGGUUGUAGUUGUAUGUAAACAAAUGUUUUUAAAAAAUGCAGUUUGUCUUUGAGCCGUGUGUUGAAAUGUGCUCUUGGAUCCUGGAAAUAAAGGAUUUGUGCAAUCACACUGAA